UGAGGUACCUGCGCUCCGGAAGGGCGGGCGGUUAGGUCGUUGCUGCAGCAGCCUCUGGCGGACUCUCCAGAACGCCCAGGCUCGGGAACAAGGAGCCGACUGAGGCAUUCAUCGCUUAGUCCCUACGGCACGGGCCUGCUCUUUCUGCCACCUCAGCCUUCCGCGUCCCCACCUCUUUUCGGGUGGGUGCUACCAAAUACAGCCAUGAAGAAAAAGGUGCUGUUGAUGGGUAAAAGUGGGUCCGGUAAGACCAGCAUGAGGUCUAUUAUCUUUGCAAAUUAUAUUGCAAGAGACACACGUCGCCUUGGUGCAACAAUACUAGACCGUUUACAUAGUCUUCAAAUUAAUAGCAGUUUGAGCACCUACUCUCUCGUAGACUCUGUUGGAAAUACAAAGACAUUUGAUGUAGAACAUUCUCAUGUUCGAUUUCUGGGAAACCUGGUAUUGAACCUGUGGGACUGUGGUGGACAGGACACCUUCAUGGAAAAUUAUUUCACUAGCCAACGAGACAACAUCUUCCGAAAUGUGGAGGUUCUGAUUUAUGUCUUUGAUGUGGAAAGCCGAGAACUGGAAAAGGACAUGCACUAUUACCAAUCAUGCCUGGAAGCCAUUCUGCAGAAUUCUCCAGAUGCCAAAAUCUUUUGCUUGGUGCACAAAAUGGAUCUGGUACAGGAGGAUCAGCGAGACCUGAUUUUUAAAGAGCGAGAAGAAGAUCUGAGGCGUUUGUCUCGCCCAUUGGAAUGCUCUUGCUUCCGAACAUCUAUCUGGGAUGAAACUCUCUAUAAGGCUUGGUCCAGCAUUGUUUAUCAGCUGAUUCCCAAUGUUCAGCAGCUGGAAAUGAACCUAAGGAAUUUUGCUGAAAUUAUCGAGGCUGAUGAAGUGCUUCUAUUUGAGAGAGCCACUUUUCUGGUGAUUUCUCACUAUCAGUGUAAAGAACAGCAUGAUGCCCACAGAUUUGAGAAAAUCAGCAACAUUAUUAAACAAUUUAAGCUGAGUUGCAGCAAGCUGGCUGCCUCUUUCCAGAGCAUGGAAGUCAGGAACUCUAACUUUGCCGCUUUCAUUGAUAUCUUUACAUCCAACACUUAUGUGAUGGUCGUGAUGUCUGAUCCAUCCAUUCCUUCUGCAGCUACUCUGAUCAAUAUCCGCAAUGCCAGGAAACACUUUGAAAAGCUGGAAAGAGUGGAUGGACCAAAGCAGUGUCUUCUCAUGCGUUAAAACAUUGCCAAAUGCUGUUUCAGAAAAAAAAUUGGACUACUCUUUCUUAAUCUUAAUGUUGUAUUAGUAUAUAUAGGCUCUGAAAUGUUGUGAUGCUUAUCACUUGUGUAUUUCUUUCCUACUCCCCAGUCUUAAUGUUUAACCUUGAAUGCUCUUUACUCAAAUAGCCAGUGAGGAGUUAGAAGAUGAGUUGUCUAUGAAGUUGGUGUGACAUUAAAAUAGGUGAUAUAUUAGUGUUCUGAUAACAAUGUUCUAAUAGUGUAAGUGUUAUGAUAACCUGGUUCCAGUCAUUGUGUAUGCCAAAGCCUUUCCCAACAUCAUCUUGUAUUCCUUACCAGAUAGUAACCUAUACGUUUGGAAUAUUACUGUUUUCUCAGCAUGCAUUAAAAAUAUUCCUUAACUACAACUGUAAAUAAACUUUUGCUG